AUGCAUCCUCCCUCCGACCUGUCCACCGCCCGGGUUAUCGUGACCGGGGCGGGCGCCGGUCUUGGCCGCGCCUAUUGCCUGGACCUCGCCAAUGCCGGCGUGGGUGGACUUCUGGUAAAUGACAUCAAUGGGAAGAAUGCCGAGGCAGUGGCGUCGGAGAUCAGGAUUCUCAGUCCGAAAACGAAAGUUGGCGUGAACACCAGCAGCAUCGCACCGGAAAGCGGUGGUGCACCAGAUGGCGCAGCGAAGAUAGUGGAAGACUGUAUGCGAUAUCUGGGAGGGCCGCCGACCGGAUUGGUGAACAAUGCUGGGGUAUCAGAACAAAGACGUAGUGGAGACGAAAGGCGGUGGAGUUGCCGCCUUUAGAUUCAAAUCGUUUUGCAUGACAUCACUGUGAUUACUCGAACACAACAAGUUGCGCGAAGCGCGACUUUUCCAACAAAACGGCAACUCUCCGCAAGAGAAACUCCGGCUUUUUUCUCUUCAAACCGCAUCCUUCGGGACGUAGCGUUC